AUGGGAAGAAGAAAAAGGCAUCACGACGACGGAUCUGCAGAAGUUGUGACCAGAGGAAAAUAUAAAUUAAAGGUUGAAACUUAUAUGCCUGUAGAAAGAGUACAGGCGAAUGUGCUCCUGAUAAAUAGUGGACCCACAGUGCUCGGUAGUAAUGUUACAUUCACGGCAACUAUUGAUUCUACGUACAGUGGCGACUACCUACGAUUCAUCUUUUAUAUUCCUUCUGACAAACUAGAACAUCGCAGAGAGAUUUUUAGCAAAGAGAAAAUGGUAAACCUUACUGUUGAAUUUAGCAAGAAAGAAUACAAAGCAGGAUUAUAUACCGUUGACGUCGUAGUACAGAGAAGUUACGAUGAUGGUAUAUUUUGGUGGCAGUGUGGAAAGAAUUCCACGAUCGUUGCUUUGACAGAUCUAUUAAACGGCAAUCUCAUGUUGAUUCAAAAUGGCAUUGACAAGUCAGAUGGCGUUGUAAUUGCCAAUGAACCUGUGAAACAUGUCAUCAAGAUAUCGGAAGAAGAAAUGCAUUUCAUAACAAAAGAUUAUUCAUAUACAGUAAUUUGGUAUCUAAACUGUUCAGUAAUAGAAAUAACCUCUGAAUUCAAUAAAGAAAUCUCAUUUGUACACACAUACACUGAUGUGGAUGAUAUUUAUAAUUUAGAGAUAUUAAUUGCAGUCGAGAAUGAUCCAUUGAUACAUUAUAUAAUACCAUUAACAACAACAACGACUACCACAACAACUGAGAAACCAACAACUGUUGUUGAUGAUGAUGCAAUAAAUCAUAAAAUAGCUAAGAGAUAUAUUGAGAAAAAUAUUAACGGAUAUGGAAAAUUGUCGAAUUUUAAGUGCACACCCAUUCUGGAUGGGUAUAGUUUUGGAUAUUAUUACAAAACUAUUGGCAUAAGAAGGCAAACUUCUGACAGUUCCCCUACGCCGACUCCAUCUGAGCUGGACCCACUUGCAAGUGCAUCAUCAAACGGUUCUUGGCAAACAAUGCCAUCAGCUUCAAAUUUAAAACCUUCUGGCGAACCAUAUUGGAGGUCUACAGAGGAUGCAACUCAAAAAGGUUUUGACCAAUCAUUUUGGGAUAUUACAUCAGCCAGGCCAAAAAGUUUUAUCCAACCAUAUUGGAGUGAUUCGAGUACCUUAGAACCUAGGCCUUUGAGAAAUUGGAGUCCUUCAACAAGAAAUCCUUGGAGUAGUACACCGACCUCAACACCGAGUACCUUCGAUGAACCGUUUUGGAGUUCUUCUCCAGUCUCAACUUCGAGUACCUCAGAACCGAGGCUUUCGAGCACUACUCCGAACACUUCAAACAAAAGUAUUACACCAGACCCGAAUCCAAGAGAAGUUUCGGUAAAGUAUUGGAGUAAUUUAACUCCUGAAUCAUCAGUUGCAACUCAGGUUACUUCACCAGCGCCAGGGUUGGACCUAGAAGAGAAAGCAUCUGCUCAUCGUGAAAUAAUACUAAAUAUGUUUUUACACGGCUCAUUUGAUAUUGAUUUCCCCUAA